AUGCUGCAGACCCAAGGCGGCUUCUCUUCUGAGAGCCAAGUGCGCGCCAAGAGUGAGUGGCUCAACCUUCGAGGUGGAGGAUACGUCUUCCUGGAGUACUGGGCCGAGAGCGGGCGGAUCAGCAAUGGGAUAGACUUGUUCUUCCCGAAGUUUGCCGAGGUUCAAGGUGCAGUCAUUUUCGCGCAGCAAGGCGUUACCAAGAGAUAUGAUUUCUCAGCCAACAGCGGGCAGAAGACCGUGCUAUUUCACGGCGCGGUGCCCGACGCUGAGCUCGUGGUCGAAAUCAAGGAGGUGACGAGACCAAAGAUCUCCGGCCCCACUGUUGGCACAGAGGAGUUCUCCUGGAAUCCGGGAGCCUUCCCAGAUGCAGAUGGCGUGGAGAUGACGAGCCAAAGCUUCGAAAUGAAAGACGGUGGCUACUUCUUUAUUGUGUACCACUCCGGCUUCAGAAGGCAAAUCAAGUACUUCAAGUUCGAUUUCCCGUCAUGGAUAGACUUGAAUGCAACAGCUACCGUGACCGCCCAGGGGGUACGCAAACAGUACGUCAUAUCUGAGCGAAACACGUAUGUGCAGCUGCGCGGCGCCAUACUGGUUUCGGAAAUCACCUUGGCGAUUGAAAGCGUGGUGCGACCGAUUGUGCAUGAUCCUGCAAAGUUUGUGUGGGAGCCCACGGAGGGAUUCCCCACAGAGCCCGACCAGGAGAUUGUGAGCGAUCGCUACAACAUGAAAGAGGGUGGCUAUUACUUCAUCAAGUAUUUUGCCGAGGGCCACUAUAACUCCAACCGCUUCAGUUUUGACUUCCCGGGGUGGUUGAAGGUUGCUGGCACUGCCACGGUGGUUGCACAAGGCAUCAGCAAGCAGUUCCCCGUUAGCUGCGACGAUGGCACUACCGUUUUGAAACUGUAUGGAGCAAAGCGAGUUUCGAAGCUUACUCUUGUCAUCAACGAGGUAGUGAUGCCGGAGCUCAAUGUCACGGGUCCUGGCAAAGAAGAGUUCGUUUGGAUGCCUUCCCGCGAAUUCCCCACAGAGGGCCAGCUGGUGAGCGAUCGCUACAACAUGAAAGAGGGCGGCUAUUACUUCAUCAAGUAUUUUGCCGACGACCGCUAUGGCCCCAACCGGUUCACAUUUGACUUCCCGGGGUGGUUGAAAGUUGCUGGCACUGCCACGGUGGUUGCGCAAGGCAUCAGCAAGCAGUUCCCCGUUCGCUGCAAUGAUGGCUAUACCACGUUGAAAGUGUACGGAUCAAAGCGGAUCUCGAAGCUCACGUUUGUCAUCGAUGAGGCAGUGAUGCCUGAGCUCAAUGUCACGGAUUCUGGUAAAGAAGAGUUCGUGUGGAAGCCCUCCGGUGAAUUCCCCACAGAGGGCCAGCUGGUGAGCGAUCGCUACAACAUGAAAGAGGGUGGCUAUUACUUCAUCAAGUAUUUGGCCGACGACAGCUACGGCCCCAACCGGUUCCGAUUUGACUUCCCGGGGUGGUUGAAAGUUGCUGGCACUGCCACGGUGGUUGCGCAAGGCAUCAGCAAGCAGUUCCCUGUCAGCUGCAACGAUGGCUAUACCACGUUGAAAGUGUACGGAUCAAAGCGGAUCUCGAAGCUCACGGUUGUCAUCGAUGAGGCAGUGAUGCCUGAGCUCAAUGUCACGGAUUCCGGCAAAGAAGAGUUCGUUUGGAAGCCUUCCAGUGAAUUCCCCACAGAGGGCCAGCUGAUGAGCGAUCGCUACAACCUGAAAGAGGGUGGCUAUUACUUCAUCAAGUAUUUUGCCGACGACAGCUAUGGCCCCAACCGGUUCAGAUUUGACUUCCCAGGGGGGUUGAAAGUUGCUGGCACUGCCACGGUGGUUGCGCAAGGCAUCAGCAAGCAGUUCCCUGUUAGCUGCAACGAUGGCUAUACCACGUUGAAAGUGUACGGAUCAAAGCGGAUCUCGAAGCUCACGUUUGUCAUCGAUGAGGCAGUGAUGCCUGAGCUCAAUGUCACAGAUUCUGGCAAAGAAGAGUUCGUGUGGAAGCCCUCCGGUGAAUUCCCCACAGAGGGCCAGCUGGUGAGCGAUCGCUACAACAUGAAAGAGGGUGGCUAUUACUUCAUCAAGUAUUUUGCCGACGACCGCUAUGGCCCCAACCGGUUCAGAUUUGACUUCCCGGGGUGGUUGAAAGUUGCUGGCGCUGCCACGGUGGUUGCGCAAGGCAUCAGCAAGCAGUUCCCCGUUAGCUGCGACGAUGGCUACACCACGUUGAAAGUGUACGGAUCAAAGCGGAUCUCGAAGCUCACGUUUGUCAUCGAUGAGGCAGUGAUGCCUGAGCUCAAUGUCACGAUCGCUACAACCUGA